GUGAUAAGAAGUGAAGUGUUGUGUGAAGAGAGAAACAUUGAAUGAAUGGCUGCUGCUACUUGUGUUUCUUCAGCUUUUCGUGGUAUUACAUUAUCAACAUCUUUAAAGAACACAACAUGUUCAAUCUCACAUGCCCAUCACUCUGUUUUUACAUGCUUUGCUUCCAAGAAAAAUAAUAAUAAGCUUAGCUUCAUGGAUCAAAUUCUUGAUUAUAUUGAAGGUGGGCCUAAACUGAGGAAAUGGUAUGGGGCACCUGAUAUCCUUCCAAAAGAUGCAUCCAAUUUGGAAGAUGAGGACAUCAUUUCAGAAGAAGGUGAAGUCAGGGAUGCUGUUCUGGUAACAGAUGGAGAUAAUGAGAUUGGUCAGAUGGUUAUAUUAUCAUUGAUAAUCAAAAGAAGUCGAGUUAAAGCACUGGUGAAGAACAAGCGUGCAGCAGUUGAGUCAUUCGGUACUUACGUUGAGUCAAUGGCUGGAGAUGCAACUGACAAAAAAUUUCAAAAGAAGGCUCUAAGAGGAGUUCGUGCAAUAAUAUGCCCUAAUGAAGGUUUCCUAUCCAAUGUAGAAAGUUUGAAGGGGGUUCAACACGUAAUCCUCUUAUCCCAGCUGUCUGCUUAUGAAGGUAGCAGUGGGAUACAAGCUGUCAUGAAUAGCAACUCAAAGAAAAUGGCAGCACAAGAUGAAGCUGUUAUAACAAAUGCAGGAAUCCCUUACACUAUUAUCAGAACUGGGUCAUUAACGAAUACUCCUGGCGGAAAGCUAGGUUUCAGCUUUAAAGAGGGAAGUGCAGCACAAGGAACUCUAAGCAAGGAGGAUGCUGCAUUUAUAUGUGUGGAAGCUCUUGACGCUGUCCCAAAACAAGGAUUGAUCUUUGAGGUGGUAAAUGGUGAAGAGAAGGUUAUGAACUGGAAGGACCGCUUUGCAAAACUCAUAGAGAAAACAGAGGAGUAGGAGUAGCCUUUAUAUACAAUGCAACGAUGAGAAAGAUACAGGAAUUGCUCCCCAUUUAUUUUGUCAAUAUAAUCUUUUGGACUGCUACAAGAAAUUCAGAAAUAUUAGUUCGUUUGCAAGGAACAAAUGAAUUGACUGCAGAUCCAAGAAUCGGCAGGUCAUUAAAAGAUCGAGCAAAUUUGGUGCACUCAUAGUUGAUUAUGUACUCCUUUUGUGUUGAAUUUACGUGCCCCUGGUGAUUAAUCCUCAGCCCAGACAUAGAAUGAUUGUGCACAGUAACUAGAAAGUUCCCCAUAAUCUAAAAUCUCAAUCAUUAGCAACCCUUUUAUAUCCAAAAUAUGGUUUUAUCUCCGUGAAGAAUGUUGCACUUGCCCGAAGCCUUUCCGCGGCAUCUUUAGAAUUUUAUCGCCUGAGGCUGAUUGCAUCUUCAUUACUUGUAGACUGCGUAUAUUUGCUCAAAAACAUGCAUUCAUGUUAAAUCA